CGUCGUUCGAUAAUAUGGUCGAAAGUAUUCUUAAAAUACUCGUCACACUGCUGUACUCCUGUUGUGCAUGGUUGCUGCAAAGUAUUACAACAAAAUUUGCCACCAUAAUGGAUUUCAAACAGAACGGGUCAGGUGCUUCUUCGCAGCAGCAGCAACAGCUACAACAGCAACAACCUCUCGUUGGUGGUGUGGUGUAUGGUGGCGAUGCUCGCAACGGAAACUCCGCUGUUCGCCUACAAUCGUUAAAGCAACAUCAAUCCGGGACAAUGGGAACGAAUGGUUCGCUAGGCGGAAAUCCAUCAUCCAAUGCUGCACCACCCUUGCGUCGGCGUUGCCGCAGUGAAAGUCUUCCAAUGGCACCGCUGCUAUACGGUACCGCUGCUACCGAUCAGCUGCAACCGCAUGCGAUUGGCAGGUCGAAAAAAGUGCUGCAAGGCAACCAAUCGCACCACGCUAAUCUAAGUCACAGUAAGCAAAAGUUCUCUGGCACCGGUAGCACGUCGAUGGCUUUACACGAUCAUCCGGUUUCGACCACACCGGGCGGUCUAUACAUCGAAUCGUUCUCCCUGCAACAACAGCCACAUCACGGUAAUCGUAGAGUGCUGCCACUAGCGACUCACGAGCUACUGCCGACGAUCACAACGAACGCUUCCGGCACAAAUAGUCAACAGCAGCAGUCGAAGGAGAAUGUCGCACAAAACCAUCUGUUCGGUGGCGGCGCUGUUAACGCGAAGGAUGUUUAUAUGAGUGAGCUGGACGGGAUGCGAAAGGACCGUCGGAACGGUGGAUAUUACGUAGCAAACGAGUUGCAUCUCGAGUCACGGUUUGCGCGCAAUCUGGAGACUAACUUUGCCACCCGUGCGACGAUUCUCGAGCGUAGCAGCGGCAGGAAGUUGCGUGCCCGAAGCGAAUCGGAACCACAAGAAUUCAUUUACCACAGUGCCCAUAGGAAUAGCGGUAUUAGUGCCGGUAGCAGUAGUUUGUUUACAGGCCAGCGGACAGCUGGAUAUCAGCAACUACAGCAGCAGCAGCAGCGACACAGUCGUGAUAACACACUCAAACGAACACGUGACACAAUUUCGCCGACACUGGAAGCGGAUGAAUCUUUCGACAUAUUUAGCAGCGAUAAUUGUGCAAGUGAAUCCUUAUCCUCAUCGGCAACCGGUAACUGUCAGAAAGAUUCACCUCCCUCGAAAAUGGUGAAUGCAACAGAAGAGAUGGAUGUUAGUCCGGAGCAUGUCCUGCCAUCCGGAAGGAUCGCUGGUUCAACCGUACAGCGUAACAAAUGUUCCAAAAGUUUAUCUGGCACUGGUGCAGGUCAGUUACGAUCAUCGAAGGUAACUGUGCGCGCGAAUCGCACUGGAAUCAAUAGGCUAAAACCGAAACUAGCGAGCACGCUGACCAGUACUGGUAUAGUCGGAACAGCUGUGCCGACGGACACGAGUCGAAAAUCAACCUCCCCCCAGCCACAAGCACAGAAAGGAGCUACAACCGCUGCUAUUAUUGGCGUAGUGCACAACGCGGGUAGCUCUUCACCGACUCCGUCUGGGGUGUCCAUCGGUACGAGCGGCGGCGAGUCGGUUCACACGCAAGAUCUCGAUGCAGAAACGAUCGAUCAGUCCGAUGCGGGUGACGAUGACGAUGAUCUAGAUGAUGAGUGUAACGGGGAGGAUGAUGAUCUGGAUGAUGAGGUUCCUGUUAGUGGCGAUGAGGUGCUGGACGACUCGUUAACCGAUUCGGAAGAUAACUAUCGGUCGUAUCUAGCGGCUGCAUAUCAGAAGCCAAAGUCACACUCCGGCUCACCGUCUCCUUCGCUCGGCAACAAAACGCCGGUCGUAACGUCAAUUGGUAGCGUGCUCGGUGGAAAUGCUCCCGAGGGUCCUCUCGCACCCAGUUUGUUCCCGUAUGUGCCACCAUAUCUUACGUUCGCGACGCAUGACGAGAAAGGACCGCCGAUGCCACCCUCCAUUCACAAGGUGUUAAAGUGGAAGCUGACGCUAAUCACGCCAAUCGUAGUUCGCAAAGUGUUGCAAAACAGUGGUUUCCGUUUGUUGAAAAAAACGAACGAUUGGGUCGGAAUUUGGGGCAGACACAUGAAGAGUACGCUGUUUAAAACGUUACGACCGUAUCAAAAGUUUAACCACCUACCCGGAAGCUUCCAGAUCGGGCGUAAGGAUCGCAUGUGGCGCAAUUUGCAAACGCAGAUGAAUCGCCACGGCAAGAAAGAAUUCGGUUUCAUGCCCCGUACCUACAUUAUACCUCAGGAUUUGAAGAUGUUGCGGCAACUUUGGCCUCGCUACAAUCAGCGCAAUUGCAAGUGGAUCAUCAAGCCGCCAGCAUCGGCCCGUGGUACGGGUAUUAAGGUGGUGAAUCGAUGGUCACAGAUACCUAAGCGAAAGCCACUGAUUGUGCAGCGAUACAUCGAGCGUCCGUUGCUGAUCAAUGGUAGUAAAUUUGAUUUGCGACUGUACGUGCUGGUAACCUCGAUGAACCCGCUACGUGUGUAUAUGCACACGGACGGGUUGGCACGGUUCGCGUCGGUAAAGUACAGCGAAAAGUCGGAAACGCUGAACGAUCGUUACAUGCAUUUAACGAACUACAGUAUUAACAAACUGUCGAACAACUACAGCCAAAACGAGGAUGCCGACGCGUGCCAGGGCCAUAAAUGGACGAUCAAGUCGCUUUGGACGUACUUUGCCGAGCAAGGGAUCAACGUGGAUCGGCUGUGGAGUGCGCUACGUAAUCUCGUGCUCCGGACGGUCCUUGCUGGCGAAUGUUCCAUUCACGCGAUGUCGAAGGUAAACGUGGGAAGCAAGUACAAUUGCUAUGAACUGUUUGGUAUCGACGUUUUGCUUGAUUCUGAGCUGGUGCCGUGGCUGCUAGAGGUAAACAUUUCUCCUUCACUACACUCUGCAUCCUCGCUGGAUCUGUGCGUUAAGGGACCGCUCGUAAAGGCGUUGUUUAACACCGUUAUGUAUCAGGUUCCUCCGAGAAUACCAAUGGCUGAACAGAAAGAGAUACUGAAAGAGCAGGGACUGGCAGGUCCGCUCUGUUUCGAUAAGCGCAUCUACACGACCGGAUUGUCGAAGACCGAAAGACUGAAACAUAAUCAAUUCAUCCAGAAAGACAUGUGCCGGGAAGAUUAUCUAAACACAAUACUAGAAGAAUUAACGCCCGAUGAUGUGCGAUGCCUACUGUUGACGGAGGACGAAUUAGCACGUAGUGCACCACUGGAACGGAUUCUUCCCGCUCCAAAUAGUUAUCGCUACAUUGGAUUUACCGAGCACCCUCGGUAUUACAAUCGUUUGCUGGAUGCUUGGGAACAUCGGUACAGCCAAAAUCGAUCGGAAGGAAUUGCACUACUGCAGUCGCUCUGUGAACGAAAAGUGCAUCUACAGGUACCGCCCAGCACGCUUAAGAAGGACUGCAACAAUAAACCACAAACGGAUAGUACAAACAGCGAGAAUGGUUCUCAGGACAGUGGUAUCCAUACGGAUCAAACCAGCUUGUCAGAGCUUCCGUCGCAAGAAUCCUCCUCCAUGUAUCAAUCGCAGGAAUCUAUAGACCAGCUGCCGGAGGACACGCCACACCGCAAGGCUACUAACAUCACCGCCAAUGGCAUGACUGAACCGACAUUGAGCGACGAAUCUAUCGUCGUCACCGCUCAGCCCAUUGUAAUCCGUGCCAUUUAUCCACCCGGCAGUGACAAUCUGCUGAGCACCCAAACGAUAGAGGUUCCGGUGACGAUGGCAGCAACUGCCGAUCACAAUACGGCUGCCGUCGAACCUGCCUCUGAUACGACAACUAGCGGUGAGGGUGAAAUGGAUUCCAAGGCCGAAUCGACUGCGAACGACGGUAGCGACAACAUUCGGCUGGGUGACAAAAUAAAACUUAUCCUAGAUGAUGCGUUGCUGCUGAAGCAACAAGAGUGUGGAGGUGAUACGGAAAAUACGAUCAUAGUGCAGGAAUAGUACUAACGGAGAGCGUAGUAACGAUGAUGUUGAUGUUGGUAAUAGAUUCGUUGGUGUUUUC